AUGGUGUAUGGAUUGGGAUCUAAUAGUGCGGGUCAGCUCGGGUUAGGACACAACACACCCAUUCAUACACCACAACGAGUGCCACAAUUAUGCCAUCAAAAUAUUCAUCAGUUUCUCAGUGGAGAAGCGUUUGCAUUGGCUGUCAAUACGGAUAAUAAUGUGAUAUUCAGUUUUGGUUGUAAUGGAUGGGGACAAUUGGGACGACAUGUGAAUAUGGAUGUCAAUGUAUUCGGGUGGGGCAGCAAUAUGGAGGGACAGGUUGGUUGUGAAACCAACGAUAACUUGAAUAAUUCAAUAUUUGAAAAGUCAUUUGAUGUAAUAACUAAGCUUGGUGAGGGUGGCUAUGGACAGGUUUAA